CAAGCCGUGCCUCGACACUCUGAGAAAACUCAGGAGAGAGAGGAGAGGGGCUACGACAGAAAAAAAACGACAGAGGGACUGUAUGGGAAAAAAGAGAAAGCAAAUAUCAGUCAGCCAAUUGCACUGCGUCCUUGCAACCGCCUCGGUCCUACUCUUUGUUGUCAUUUGUCAUUUUUGCUGGACAUAGUUUUCUUUCCUUUACUGCUCUUCGGUUACAUGUUUUUUUUUCCCUUUGAGGGUUUAUUUUGAAUUAUUUGACUAGUUAAGUGGUGCAGUGUUAAUACAAUUCUGUACCCGGGUGCUGUCAUUCGAGUUGGGAAUGGACCGUCUUUCCCAUUUUUUUUAAUUUUCUGUUUGGAGAGAAGGAAUAUCCAAACGCGGUCGGAUAACUGUUGGGAUAUAUUUACAUCGCAUGGAACUAUCUGAAGCAUUGAUCUGUCAUAUGAAAUCUUCCUUCAUCAUCAAGUUCUGAACACGUCACUCAUCUCGACUCGGCACCCUUCAACGAUCCCAGGAGAUCAAGACUCCGGCUAGACGGUGAUGUCCAGGCCGAUCUCGCAGCUUCUUCCUCCGGACCUUCACCACGCCGGAGCCAGUCCUCAGUUUGGAAGUUGUAAUCAGUCUUCAUACCCUGUCAGCGGCAGCCACUUAAACUCUGCAAACCUGAAAUCCCUCCUGCAGCUACCAAUGAAGGGUGAUCAACGAAGCAAAGACAUUGAAAUGAAAGACAAAGAGCGCCCUAUGGACCUGGACGAGGACUCGAUGGGCCGCUGCUCCAUGCGCAGCAGCAGCAGUGGCGGGAGCAGCAACAGCGGCGGCAGCGGCGGCGAGGGCAACAACAGCAACGGCAGCUUCUCCAACUCGACCUUCCUGGGCCCGCUGAUGUGGGAGCGGACGCUGCCGGUGGACGGCGGGCUCUUCCAGCUGCAGUACAUGGACCUGGAGGAGUUCCUGACGGAGAACGGGAUGGGCAGCAUGCACUCCACGUCCAGCUGCUCCAGCGCGGCGCAGGUGCCCUCGCACAGCUCGCAGUCGGCCGUCCCCAACCAGAGCUCGCAGUGCCCCACCACCUCGCCGCUGCCCUGCUCCUCCUCCUCCUCGUCCUCCUCCACCGUCUCCUCGGCCUCCUCGUCGCCCACGCUGCUGGGGCUCGACAUGCAGACGCCGCCCAACUUACUGGGAGCCCCAGACUGUUUGCAUGGAACUCACACGACAUCUCUGGACCACAAUCAGUCCCCGUCUCCCUCCUCCUGCGGUCCAAUGCCCACUCCACCAGCAAGCAACUGCUCCGACCUCAUGGGGAGCUUUGACACAGAGCCUGGCGACCUGGAACUGUCCACGGUCCCCGGCCAGGACGCCUUCGACCCCAGGGGGCACCGCUUCAGCGACGAGGAGCUCAAGCCUCAGCCCAUGAUAAAGAAGGCCCGCAAGAUGAUGGUGCCAGAGGACCUGAAGGUUAGCACAGCAGCACAGAAGGAUGAUAAGUAUUGGUCCCGCCGCCAUAAGAACAACGAGGCGGCCAAGCGCUCUCGUGAUGCACGGCGGUUGAAGGAGAACCAGAUCUCGGUGCGCGCCUCUUUCUUGGAGCGCGAGAACGCUGCGUUGCGGCAGGAGGUGGCCGACAUGCGCAAGGAGCUGGGCCGCUGCCGCAACCUCCUCAACAAGUACGAGAGCCGCCACGGGGAUCAGUGAGGACUUGGAGGAGGAGGAGGAAGAAGAAGAGCAGCGAUGAAGCUGUUUAACGAAUGAAUGUUCCAGACGACGAGAGACAGAAAAGAAACUAGUUGAACUGUGCGAUGGACAGAAGGAGACGGAGACCUGACGGAAUGGAGAGAGAAUGCAGAAGAUGUUCAGGGCGGGAGGGAGGAGAGGAGAAAGAAGCUAGUUUUAUACUGGGAGAGAGAGAAUAGAUCUAAAGAGAGAUAUAUAGAGAAAUUAAACAGCAGGUGUAUCUGUUUUUUUCUGCAGUGUGAUUUUAGACCGUUGAGAAAUGAAUUUUGGUAUUGGAGAGAUCUGUAUAUUUUUAUAUGAUAGAUAUAAACGAUAGGGGAUGAAGCUAAUUUUGGAAAUAAUUUUUGUAUAUUUGUAUAUUUUUGUAUAUUUUUAUAUUUGUUAGAUGGAGAAAGAUAUGGAUUUUUAAAGAUCUGUGUAUAAUAGAAUAAUGGUAUAUUAGCAACGGUCAGCACUUAAGAGGGAACACACACAGUCGUGUGACCUCACAGGAGAGGCGGAGUCUGCAUUGGAACAGGAGGAACAUCAUGGCGUCAGAUGGGAUAAGACUGUAAAAUAUUACAAAUACACAUUACUUUAAAAUUGUAUAGUUCCAUUCAUUUACUCAGAAUCCAUAAGGUCUUUGUUGUAUAUCUUUGGAUGACGUUUUCAUUUGGCUCAGUAAUAAGAAGGAAAAGGUAAAGAGAACUACAAAGAGAAAGAGAGAGAGAGAAAGAGAAAGAGAGAGGAGAAGAAACAGACACAGCUGAAGUGACAUACCACAGGUGUUUUAAUCCUGUGGUGAAGAUCGCUCACUUGUCUAUGGAAGACUGUUGUCUUUUCUGGGUAAUUUAGUGGCUCCCAGCAGAACAGAUGAAUUUUUCUACAUAUAAUGAAUGGGCAUAUUGAUGUUAUUUAAGUCUCUUGUCGUUUCCGUUUCUCAUUCUGUCUCCUUCAGCCUCUAUCUCUUGCUCUCUCUGGAGCGUAAUUCCAAUGCAAGGUUUCUGGAGUAGUCCGGUCUCUAUAGUCAGUACUGUAUCCUCUUAUUUUGUGUUGAUGGGAUUGAGAGGAGCAUUGUGUUCCUCUUAGCAUUAAGUCCAUCCUUAACUAGAUCACAUACACAGUCUCUCUCACACACACACACACACACACACACACACACAAACCUGCUAGAUAUUCUCAUGACCCUUGAGCAACAUUCACCAGAAUUGUACAUUCAUUAGUUUUAUUUGAAUUAGUUUGAAAGGAAUGAUGGCUAUACUUAAUACAUUGCUCUCUCUAUACCAAAAUUAGUUGUCUCUGUGUGUUUCUAAUAUGCAGAUAUAUUUUGUGAAUUGGGACUUUGUUAUCACAACUGUGAGUCUUUAAUUACGCCUAUUUUAUUUAAAAAUGAAAUCCAGAGUCUAUUCUUCAGGGCAGCAUCUUUAUUAUACACAAAAAUGAACUUCAGGUGGACAUGUUAUGAUAAUAAAGCAAACUAUCAUCCCCUUUGCUUGCAAAUAUGGUGUAAAAAAGAAUUCUCAAUGUGAUGGGUGGAAUCUUCCAUUUCAGUCUGUAUGUGUUCAUCUCCUCAAUGACCAGUUUUAAAAGUAAUUACUGUUACUAUUAAUUAUUAUUGUUAAGAUUAUAAUCUGUUAUUGUUAUCACUUAAAAAUGAUUGUUUUGCUCACUAUUUCUUUCUUUGAUGCUUUUUCCUGAAAAAAAGAGAGAUUGCAGUUCCCCUACUGUCUCAGAGUUGUUAUGUCAUAUCCUGUUUGUAACAGCUGCCCUUCACAUACUUAUGCCAGUUCUGUGGAGAUCCUCCGACAGUCUUCAGAUACCCUUGUGGAUUUGUCACCUCCGUGAAAUGUGUUUGAGAAUCACAGACUCUCAGCCUGCCCCGGCACACUGCCGGGGCCAACCCUGGACUUCACCCUCUCCCCUGGGUGUGUGGACAUGACUAGAUGUUUGCCUGGACAUUGAGAACAACCUCUCAUUUGACUGAUAGUUUGCAUCUAUUCAAGCGCACCACAGAUUUUUUCUUUUUCAUUUUGUUGUUUGCAACCUAUGUUCCAAUCAGUGGCGGUAUGCUAUCCCAACUGGAUUGUGGGUAAUGUUGUCCCUGUUUUUCCCCUCCGAAUGUGGAUGAUUAUGUACAUCUCUUAUUGUGUCUCUUAUCUGAACUGCAACUACUGAACUGCAUCAGUGGCGACCACUGUUCCUAGCCAAGGAGUGUUGUAGUCAGAAAUUCAGAGAACACAAAAUAAAAGAAAUGUUCUUACUCAA